AUGUAUAACAAUAACCAAUAUUGCAUCUCCGGCGACGAAGACUCCGUCGUCCUCUGCCUUGGACCUCCUGGCCAACAAUACCCUAACCAUCAAAAACCCACCAGCACUAAAGCUUCUUCGAAUCAUGAAAUUGAUCGUGAUCUCCCUUUAACUAACCCUAAUGACGUCACCGUUGCUCUUCAUAUCGGACCUCCGGUUUCCGAAAAAGAAACCAGCGAGGACAACCAAGGGGGUUUGGCGAGGCAGGGACAGUAUUGGAUUCCUUCUCUUUCCCAGAUACUUGUCGGUCCCACUCAGUUCUCUUGUUCUGUCUGUAACAAAACUUUCAACCGGUUCAAUAACAUGCAGAUGCAUAUGUGGGGUCAUGGUUCGCAAUACCGAAAGGGUCCAGAGUCGCUGCGAGGGACGAAAUCAUCAUCUUCGAUACUAAGGCUGCCAUGUUACUGUUGCGCAGAAGGUUGUAAGAAUAACAUAGACCAUCCAAGAGCAAAGCCUCUCAAAGACUUUAGAACGCUCCAAACGCAUUACAAGCGAAAGCACGGUGCAAAACCUUUUCGUUGCCGCAAAAAGUGCGAGAAGACGUUUGCGGUGAGAGGUGACUGGAGAACGCACGAGAAGAAUUGUGGGAAGGUGUGGUUUUGCGUUUGCGGAUCGGAUUUUAAGCACAAGAGGUCUCUCAAGGAUCACGUUAGGGCUUUUGGCGAUGGUCAUGCGGCUCACACUGUAGGUGAUCGUGUUGUAUCCAUUGGAGAAGGAGAUGAAGAUGACGAUGAUGACGAUUAUAUGGAGGAAGAAGAUGAACGAGAUGAUGAAGAAGAAGAAGAAGAUGGUAAUGGAGAAAGUGGUGGUGGAGAGAAGAACUAUGGGAUUAGAUAUGAACAGUUUCGUCGUUAUGGUCGAAUCUCUAAUGACAAUUACUAA